AUGUCAGCUUCAGAUGAUCAAACUGGAUUUUAUUUCAAUCCCAACGAUAGGCAAGUGAUCAAUAUUCUCAAGGAGAAGCUUUUGGGUCGUUUUGAACAUCUUAGACUACCUGCUGGUCUUAUCCCAGACACUAUUAACCCCUACAGUUAUGACCCUGUCACACUUCCCAAAGGUGAUGAGUUUGAACAUGUUAAGAAAGCAUUUUUCUUUACCAACAAACAAGAGAAUCGAACGGUGAAAGAUGGUUUUUGGAGGAUCUCUACUUUGCCUAUGAAGAUAUACAGUAAGGGAGAUAUGGUAGGGUUCAAGGAGGAGUUCAAUUUUUUCUGGUCAAUACAAAAUGAGACAAUCAAAACCAACUGGUUUAUGAAUGAGUACAAUGUAAAUCAGGCUAUAUUUUCAGAUGAUGAACGCAAAGCUAUUGGAAACAAGUCCCUUGUUAUGGGACAUGGUUUUUGA